GCGCGGCGGGCGACGGCGCGGCGCGUAUCGAGCGUGGGCGGCCGCGCAUGGCACUCCACUCGCCUCCGCCAUCCCGCGAUAUGCACUACUACGCGGUUACAUCUCGUACUCAAAACCGACACGCACGAUAUCACGUUAUUGCGCGCGACGUGCUUACCAUGUAGAAACUAUACAACCUCACGUAAACUUAAGACAUAUUAAUAAAAAAGUGAUAAUUAUGACAAGCAAUAUAUUUUUUAAUUAUAAUGGGUUCGAAAAGGCUCUCUUAUAAAAGAAAUCAAUUGAGCCCCCUACCAAUAUGGACAUUCAGAAGCAACAUUUGUGUCCGCGACUGGUGGAUUAUUUGACUAUCGUCGGAGCAAAACCGUACACUUCGGGAAAAGGCCUCGCUCCCGUACAGGCUCCUGAGUUGCUCCGACGCUAUCCGUUGACCAAUCACGAUGAUUUCCCCCUGCCGUUGGACAUGGUGUAUUUCUGCCAGCCGGAGGGGUGCGUGUCCGUGGGGCCUCGCCGGGCCCCUGGGCACCUCGCCUCCAGGGAUACCACUUCUUUUGUCUUUCAACUCACCGAUAAAGACUCAGGCAAGACUCGUUUCGGCAUCUGCGUCAACUUCUACAGAGCGGUGGAGCGUGCUCAAGUGCCGGGCCCUCGGGAACGAAGCAUGCUACGCCGCGAGUCAUGGCGCAAGUCCAUGGAGAAAAGCUCUGAUUCCGCAUUCUCCAGUGACUAUAGGAGCAGCAACGUGGCCCCGAGCGACUCGGAGCGCGACUGCAGCGCGACGCUGGCGCCGCGACUUGCGCCCGCGCCGGACUCCGAGAGCGGCGGCUCGCAUUCCCAUUCACCCAGCCCUAGGGCUACCAGGAAGCGGCAGAGAGUUCGGAAUCAUUCCCUAACCUCUCUCUGCCUGCUUUCGCAUCACCCAUUCUUCUCCACAUUCCGAGAGUGCCUAUUUAUCCUAAAGAAAUUGAUAGAUGCAUGCAACGAGUCUUCCAGUCCACGGCGCGUAGGCGCUUCAAGACAAAUCCUUAGAGAUACGGUAUGGUCAGUGUUAACCGGGCAAGCUUACGACAACACCCCUACGAUCGUAUUGCACGACGUCAAAGAGAUCGAGACGUGGAUACUGCGACUUCUGUCCGCGCCUGUACCGGUCCCCGGCAAGACGAGGCUCGAGCUAGAAGUACUGUCGCCGACAGCGCACUCGCCGCUGCUGUUCGCGUUGCCCGAUCAUACGAGAUUCACGCUCGUUGAUUUUCCUCUGCAUCUGCCUUUGGAACUUUUAGGCGUGGACACCUGCCUCAAAGUACUGACGCUGAUCCUUCUCGAGAACAAAGUGGUAGUACAGUCACGUGACUACAACGCGCUGUCCAUGUCCGUAAUGGCUUUGGUCGCCAUGUUGUACCCUCUCGAGUACAUGUUCCCCGCGAUUCCUCUGCUGCCCAGUUGUAUGAGCUGUGCCGAACAACUGCUCCUAGCUCCAACACCUUUCCUGAUUGGAAUACCAGCGACUUUCCUCACUUAUAAGAAGAAUUUUAGAAUGCCCGAUGACAUAUGGCUUGUGGAUCUCGAUGCCACUAAAUUGAUCUGCCCAUCGGGGACUGAUCAAGAUUUACCGCCAUUACCCGAGCCAGAAGGGUCAGUCCUUAAGAACCAUCUAAAACAGGCCCUCAACAGCUUGACUAGUAGUACGGCUGAACAGGCAGCCGCCCCCCUCUUACCUUCAAGACGAGACAGCGUGGGCGGGGCCACACUCAAGGUCCAACCCGCCUCGUACCGUUACGGCGACGGUGCUCAGUCAGCGCCGCACAGACGCCGGAUACACUCCCUCGCCUCCAGCCCUUACCCGCUCAUAUACGGACAUGAUGUCGACUCUGUUGAUGUCGCUACUAGAGUCGCUAUGGUCCGAUUUUUCAAUUCUCAAAACAUCCUGGCGAACUUUAUGGAGCAUACUCGGACGUUACGUCUAUACCCGAGGCCAGUCGUGGCCUUCCAGAUCAACAGCUUUCUUCGUUCGCGACCUAGAACCACAUCCUUUUUGAAUAAAUUUGCUAGAACACAGGCAGUAGAAUUCUUAGCGGAGUGGUCGCUAACUCCGGGCAACGUGGCAUUCCUUCGGGUUCAAACAGGGUUGUUCGACCCGCGGCAAGUCGGUGACAAACCCAAGUGGUUUGCGGAACAACUGCAGCCCAUCCGCUUUCCAGUGUGGGAUGACGGUAGCUCCCUGAAUGGUGCACUUCGACAAUUACAGCGACAGGAAAAUCAACCCACAGACGAGAGUGGAUCGGACUCUGAGGCUGCGGAAAGUACGAGUUCGUCAUACUCAUCAUUGAGUGACUUCGUGUCAGAAAUGGCUUCAUCUGACUUGUCACCAGGUGGAAACCCGCAUCAGCAGCACGUCAUUGGAGAGACUUACAGCGCUGUGGUGCAAGUUCCGAUGACUCUUUCAUCGUCUUUAGAUCCCAAAACGGUAUACAGCCCCCCAUCAUCGCUAAUGUUCGGUAACGUGGACGAAGCCCCGGACCGGGAGCCGGGUCGUGCGUCCACGUCACCAUCCGCGUCCAGCUCCGACCACUCCGACUUGUCGGACGACGAGCCCGCCGGUGACGUCAUCGCGGAGCCUGACGCCGCGCAUGCGCCGCCUGUUAAAAAGAGCGACACGGACAGCGGCAGCUUCGGUCGCGAGUCGGACUCGAAUUCGACGACGACGAAGACGGUGGUGAGCCGGCAGCGAGCCGCCGACAGCGCGUCCACCAGCGACUCCGAGCGAGCCCUCACGCCCUCGCACCACUCGCACCGCGACCUGCCGCCUCCGCACGCUAAAAGCGUAAGUAGCGGUGUAUCGCGACAAGCGUCACAAUCAUCCCUCUUGGAGCAAUUUGCCGCACAAGCGAAAGAGUUGGUGAGAGAGACCACACGGCAAAGCAGCCAGGAAGGACUUCUCGCACACAUGGAUAAGAAGAAAGGAAAAGUAGCAGAUGGAGAGGAUAAGAAAAUAUUUGCGCCAUUCGGUCAGCUAACAUUGCACGCGAAAAAGGCGGCAGAGGAAGCUUCGAAGAGUAUGCAUGAGGCUUCAAAAUCUGCGUUAGAAGCGAGUAAGACGGCCACGGCCGUCAGUAAGAACACUUUCGAAGACCUCACGUAUGUCGGCAAGUCUACGUUGGGAGACCUUACUAAGAGUGCGAAGGAGGCUGCCGCUAAAAAAGGAUUGUUGAUGAAGGGCGAAAGUCAAGACUCGAACGGUAGCGCGAGUGCUCGCCGUGACUCCACAGCACUACAGACUACCAACUUGCUGACCGCUACGCAUCGAGACUUCUUCUCUAACAUUAGUUCUGAUCUCAACGGCUUGGCUGCUUCCACUUCUAGCAUGUUUAGCGACUUCUUUGGGAAUAAAGGCACCAAGCAACCAAAACCAGGGGAACAGGGUCGUGGUCCCGUCGGAACAGGUGGGGCGGGUGGGGCGAGCGGGGCGACUGGGGGCGCAGCACUAGGGGCGUCGUUCGGUCCGUUCUCGCAAGGAGCCCGAGGUUUGGUGGCGCGGUCGCCGCUCAUCCGCCACGCGCCGCCUGCGCCUCCCCCGGCACCGCCGCACUCUAGGCCUUCCGCCAACACUGAGAACCAGGCCUUCCUUAAUGAUUUGGUUCAACACGUCCUUGAAGGCGAGGGCGUAGGGUGGCUGAAGUUAAACCGCCUCAAGAAGUUGAUGGAGGACGAGUCUUACAGGAACAUGGUGCUCAGCAAACUGAACAGGAACUUUAAUAGGAAGGCUACUCCCAACGACAAAGUCGAUGAUGUGUUCGUGAGCAAGCCAGUCUGGAAAGGCAUGCUAAAAGUGCUACAGGCAGUUGUCCACGGUCUCGAGCACACAUACUCGAACUUCGGCCUCGGCGGCAUGGCCUCAGUGUUCCAACUAGCUGAGAUGGCACACACACACUAUUGGAGCAAGGAGAUCGCAGGCCUAGAACAUGGGGGCAUGGCUGGCUCCGCUCUUAUGGACCACUAUGGACGACAAGACCUGGAAACCCCAUCUUCCUCGCCAUCAUCAAGGAAAAGCUCACAGUCGGAUGUCCCGGUGGUAAACUAUCCUGAAAUGGAUUCUUCUGAAGCGCAGAGUACUACAGAAAUGUUUAAAGAUAUGCUGAACCAAAAGAGGAAUUUACUUUUCAGUAAAUUGACGUCGUUUGACUCAGAUGCCCCUCCCUCGUCGGACUGCUCGGCCGACGAGAGCGGCUCGAUCACCACCAACCGAGCCAAUAUCUACGACCAUCGCGCCUCUUUUAAGUCCAACCUCUCUGACACUGACGUCAUGUUCCUCAAUGUGAACCGUGGCACGAGUGGGCAGGCGUCAGGCAAGCCCCGCGCGGCUAGCGUGUUCUCGUCCAAGUCAUCCGUGAGCGGCUACCGGCCGCCCGUCGGGGUGCCCGUCACCUCGCCCAUCACGUCGCCCGAUACUACCCGCACAUACCUCUACCAGGGACUUAUUGGCAAAGAAAGAUCAAAUCUCUGGGACCAAAUGCAAUUCUGGGAGGACGCGUUCUUAGACGCGGUCAGCCAAGAACGCGACAUGAUCGGCAUGGACCAGGGCGCUAACGAGAUGAUGGAACGCUACAAAUGUUUGAGUGAAACGGAACGCAAGAGACUCGAACAUGAGGAAGAUCGACUUCUGUCAACCGCACUUUAUAAUCUUACGGCAGCAAUGGUAUUGUUAGGCGUGGUGCCUGAUACCGUGCGCGGGAAAGUGCGCCGUCUACUCGCAAAGAGUCACAUUGGACUCGUAUACAGCCAGGAGGUUAAUCAUCUGCUCGACGUCGUGCAUACACUGCACGGCAACGACAUCGAACUGAAGCCGCUGGGGUCGCGGCUGCUGCGGCGCGCGUCGUUCACGGUGCACGAGGGCGACGCCGCCGGCGAGCUGCGCUUCAUGGAGGUGCGGGACGACGGACUCAUACUGCGCUCCACGCAAGGUACCAUCGUGGAGAGAUGGUGGUAUGAGAGGCUGGUCAACAUGACCUACAGUCCGAAGAUACGAGUCUUGUGCCUUUGGAGGAAGAACGGCGGUCAGACGCAGCUACAUAAGUACUACACCAAGAAGUGCAAAGCGUUGUACUACUGCAUCAAAGAAGCGAUGGAGAAGAGCGGUCGGCGACAGGACGCGGCCGAGUUAGGCGGCGAGUUCCCCAUACAGGACUGCGCCACCGGGGAGGGCGGACUUAUACAGGUGUGCAUGGAAGGCGUCGGGCUUCUGUUCCACCACAGCAAGUUUUUCGUGCGGCUGGAUCACAUUCGCAAGUGCUUCACGCAGAAUGGCGGUAUCUUCGUUUUAGAAGAAUUUAAUCCCAAAACAAGGCAAAUUAUACAAAGGAAAUAUAAAUCAGUAAUGGCGGAUCAAAUAUGUUACGCGGUGCUUUGUGUAUUCUCGUACUUCGCGGCGGGUCAGGAACAAAAGAAAGCGAUAUUAGAGCAAGCGGCCCGCGUGCCGCCCGCCGCGCACGAGGGCCUCGCGCCCGCCGCCGCCGCCACCAAGCAUGACGCCGACGCUCGGAGGAAAACCAGCCCACAGGCGGAGAAACGUUCUCCAGUGAGACGAGCUGGUGAGGCCAGGUCUCCGGGUAAGGCCGAGCCUACCGAUUUUAGAGAAAUGGCAGAGCGGCAGCAGGCUCGAAGUGGAGGUGCUGUGCCUCAUUCCACUGAUCGCGUGGGAACGGAGAAGGGCCCAGGAGAGCGCGCCGGGGGUGACCGCGGGGCUGACGCGCGGCCCACCCGCGCCGACUCGUCGCCCGCGCCGCCGGCCGCCGCCGCCCGCGCUGCCCGCGCCGCCCGCGCUGCCGGCCGCGCCGCCGCCGCGCCUCGCCCGCGCGCACUCGCACGCGGCGCCGGCGCGACCGCCUGACCCGCCCCUAAUUCCACCUCGUGUUGGAACAACGGGUACGCGGCCUGUGGGCCCGCCGCCGGCUCUGCCGCCGCGACAGCUGUCUGCAGCAGCAGACGUUGGUUCUGCGCCAAG